CGCGCCCCGUUGCCCGCGCUCUCGCGCCCGCCAGUCCCGCGCCUGCUCCCCGCCAGUUCCCCGGUGCCGGCCGCGGAGGGAGCUGCUCUGCCCGCAGCUGGCGCAGCGCGGGGGCGGCCGCGGGGCGCGCCGAGCAUGAGCCGCCAGCGGCGGUGCGCUGCUCGUGGCCCCGCAGGGUUUGGAGGACUGCGCGGGAGCUUCGCUGGCCCGGACCGAGCUCCACGGUGAUGCUGAGUCCUGAAUGGGGAGGCAGGUUGUGGACCCCUGGCCAGCGGAGCCAGCCCAGAGCAGCUCCAGAACGUGACUCCAGGAAGAGCUUCAAGACACCUCUUGGCUUCCAGGAGGUGGAAGCAGAUGGAUGGAUUUUGGGAGCCUCGUGUGAAAAGACAUUACAAAUCCUCUGUGGCACCUUAACACAUUUCCCGAAGGAGCACAUGUGUACAGAUGGAGAUGCUGGUCCCCAGCUGAUGAGAAGAGCUGUGCAUUUGAAGGUUUGGCUGGAAACUAUGCCCCAGACGUCCGCCGUCUUCUCCAGCAUACUCGGGCCUGGCUUUAGUGGACAGGUGCCACCCGGCAUGGGGGAGCGAGGAGGUGGGGCUGGUGGCUCCGGGGACCUCAUCUUCCAAGACGGACACCUCAUCUCUGGAUCCCUGGAGGCACUGAUGGAGCACCUGGUCCCCACGGUGGACUAUUACCCUGAUAGGACAUACAUCUUCACAUUUCUCUUGAGCUCCCGGGUCUUCAUCCCACCUCAUGACCUGCUGGCCCGAGUGGGGCAGAUCUGCCUGGAGCAGAGGCAGCAGCUGGAGGCCGCGUCUGAGAAGGCCAAGCUGAAGUCCUUCUCAGCCAAGAUGGUGCAGCUGCUACAGGAAUGGACGGAAGCGUUCCCCUACGACUUCCAGGAUGAGAAGGCCAUGGCCGAGCUGAAGGCCAUUACCCACCGGGUCACGCAGUGUGAUGAGGAGAAUGGAACGGUGAAGAAGGCCAUUGCCCAAAUGACACAGAGCCUGCUGCUAUCCCUGGCUGCUCGGAGCCAGCUUCAGGAGCUUCGGGAGAAGCUCCGCUCACCGGCCAUGGACAAGGGGUCCAUCCUCAAGGCCAAGCCACCAGCUGCUCAGAAGGACAUCCUGGGAGUGUGCGCUGACCCCCUAGUUCUGGCCCAGCAGCUGACUCACAUGGAGCUGGAGAGGGUCAGCAGCAUUCACCCUGAGGACCUGAUGCAGAUUGUCAGCCACAUGGACUCUCGGGACAAGCACAGGUGCCGAGGGGACCUGACCAAGACCUACAGCCUGGAGGCCUACGAUAACUGGUUCAACUGCCUCAGCAUGCUGGUGGCCACCGAGGUGUGCCGGGCGGUGAAGAAGAAGCAGCGGACCCACGUGUUGGAGCUCUUCAUCGAUGUGGCCCGGGAGUGCUUCAACAUCGGCAACUUCAACUCCAUGAUGGCCAUCGUCUCCGGCAUGAACCUCAGUCCUGUGGCAAGGCUGAAGAAGACGUGGUCCAAAGUCAAGACAGCCAAGUUUGACGUCUUGGAGCACCACAUGGACCCAUCCAGCAACUUCUGCAACUACCGCACGGCCCUGCAGGGGGCCACACAGAGGUCCCAGAUGGCCAAUAGCAGCCGGGAGAAGAUCGUCAUCCCUGUGUUCAACCUUUUCGUGAAGGACAUCUACUUCCUGCACAAAAUUCACACCAACCACCUGCCCAAUGGGCACAUUAACUUCAAGAAAUUUUGGGAGAUCUCCAGACAGAUCCAUGAGUUCAUGACAUGGACACAGGUAGAGUGUCCCUUCGAGAAGGACAAGAAGAUUCAGAGUUACCUGCUCACAGCGCCCAUCUACAGCGAGGAAGCUCUUUUCAUCGCCUCCUUUGAAAGCGAAGGUCCCGAGAACCACAUGGAAAAGGACAGCUGGAAGACGCUCAGGACCACCCUCCUCAACAGAGCCUGAAGGCACCGGAGCAGCCUGCCACCACUGGAUGAAGCACACACAGGCACUGAGUUUCAGUCUUGAUUGAUAGGAGUAGAGAUUAGGAGGCCUCACUGGUUGGGGUCCAUUUUGUAUAUAACUUUUAUGAAAAAAAGGGUAAUUAUUUCAUGCAUCAACCUUUAGCACUUAUGAAGUUCUUUUUGUUUAUUUUAAACAACAGGGCAGGGCCCUGCUUUGGGGAGGGAGGAGUAACAUGGGAGAUGGCAUCCAUGAUGACAUCUAAUGGAAUGGAGAUUUUCUUUCUACUUUUUGAUUAUUAACACCUUACAGAAAAAUAUUUUAAAAAACCCAACCCAAACCAACACAAGCCCUGCCUGCUCGGAUGCCCUUCCAGCCAGUGUCUCUGAUGUCGGGGUUAGUGCCUUAGAGCGGACGGAGGGCCGGGCUCCCGCUCUGUUCUUCUAGCCCGCAGCCAGCCAGUGCCGCUGGGAAAGCUCUGCUCUCAAAGCCCGGGCCAGAGAGGUUCCAGCACGAGGGGCUUGGGUGGCAAGGGGGUCUGGGAGGCAUACUUCUGGAAGUGAACCUUAGUGCAGGCUUUCCAAAGUUUACAUUUUCAUUUUCCUUUAUCAGGGACUUAGAGGGUCGGGGAGGGGCAGGGGACACCUGGCAGUAUCUUAGCUGCUGGAAUGUAUCUGGCAAAUUGUUCUUCAACGUUUUAGGGAAGGAGAAAAUCGAACACAGUGUCAGUGGGGGAGUCAUGCAAUUGUCAGUUUUCCAGGCUAUCACUGAAAGACACUUGGUUGUAAUGAAGAGAAUACAAAGUAGACCUGAGAAUGGGGACAUUUAAAACCUUUCUUGAAACCAAGUACAAAAUACAAAGAAGCAGGUCUCAAAUCAGUAUUCUGGUGGGCCGCUUCCUCCUUCCCUCCGAGUGGGCGCUCCCCUAACGAACUCUGAAACAGACAAUCAGCUGGACCAGUCACUGCUGGAGCCCCCUCACAUAAUCUGCCCAACCUUUGGAGGUAUUUUCCACACCCAAACUUGGCAAGUACACUCCAUUUUCUGUCUGACGUCCUGGCUGUGUGACCGGGACAGCGCUGCUCCCUCCAAAGUCGGAGGUGGGCAAUCCACACUGACUCCAUCUCCCUCCUAGUGGGGCUCCUGUCUGCACAAGCAGAUUUGGAACCAGUCACCCUUGUUUCUCUCUGCACGCCCGGCUUCCACAGGAGCCUCCAGUGGGGAGGCCUGGGUGAGGACGGGUCAGUUAGUUGCUAAUUCCCAAAGCUGCUAGGAGAGGCUGCCAUGUGAAGGUGAGGCCUCAGAAGGAGGGGGCUCCAUGAUCCUCUGCUCUGGGUGGAACAAGAGUAUUCGCACUGUAUUGUCACAGUGUUUUUGCACUUUUCAGAUGUUCUAGAUAGUACAUAUUGUAUACUGAUAGUAUAUAUUGCUUUAUGUAUUUGAGAUAAAGGCUUAAGAAUUGAGAAUAUAUAUUUGGAGUUCAACAUGAGAACAUUUUCUGUACAUGCGUUAAGCAGCUCCCUUGGUUCUAGUGCCUACCUGAUAGUGUCUGUCUGCUACUUUGUUUUCCCCAUUUGAUACAUUCCUUAACUGUGAUAUUUUGGUAUCUUAAGAUGAACACUGAGUAUAAAGCUGUGCCAUGGUGCAGCAUGUCAGGGUGGGUGUGAUUGGAUGUACGUACCUGUAUCAAUAAAGAAGCAUGCUGCCCCCUC